CAUUUUAAAAUGUGGAGUAGAAUUCUGCAGAUACCCUGGGUGCUAAAAAAAAAAAAGUCAGAGAGCAGAUCAAGCCCAGGCUUUUCCUAGAAGCCAAGAUGACUAAACUGAGGCCUUUGUACUUUGGCAGAACCAUGAGAUGACACGAUUCACUAGAAAAGAUAAUACUGCUUGAAAAUGAAGAAGGCAGCAGGAAAAGAGGAAGAGAGCAUUGCAGAUGGAUAAGAACCAUCAUGAAACCCUGAUUUUUCAAGAACUAAGACAGAAUCCACUCAGCUGCAAGCCUCUUUUGGAGUUCAAAAGCCGAGAGGAUCAUUUUACUGGAAAUGAGUUUCCAUUUCGUCGUGAUGGUCCUUCUUUCUCUGCACACUGCUGAACUGGUGGAGACCUCACAGAGCCCACAAAAGUUGGUCCAGAUGCUGGUAUCUGCUGGGAAAUCUGUAACCAUUGAAUGUGUCUCUUCAGUAAGAGAAAAUAUUCAGUCCUUCCUGACCUGGUAUAAGGAAGAGCAAGACCAAAGCUUGAGGAAGAUUGACCACCAUAGUCAACACUCAAAACCAGGAUUAUCCCCAGCGGAUGCCAUGGCUCUGAACAUCCAUCAUGCACAAAGGAAUGACUCUGGUGUUUAUUACUGUGCUCAGAUUAUCAAUGGGAUUUUCAGUAUUGUGAGUGGAACCAGACUGAUCGUUUCAGAUGCUUCAAGUCCAAGUCUUUCCAUCUUCAUGCCUUCCUUCAUGGAAGAGUCUCAGUUCAAUCAUAGCAUCCCCCUCCUCUGUCUCUUCUUCGGCACACUUCCUUCUCAGCAUGCGAUCUCUUCGGAAAUUGGUGGAGAAAUGUCUCAUGAAGACUAUAAAAAUGUGAGUGUGAUAGACAGAGAAGGAGUCAUCAGCAUCUGGAGUCUGAAGCUGAUUCCUCCAGCGAAGUGGAUCCCAGGGAUGACCUAUGCUUGCUCAGACCAAGGGAACAGAAACAUCAGCGCUGUAAUCCCAAUGAAUCUCACAUCCAGAGCUAACUGCGCUGCCAUUUUAUAUGUCGGGAUCCCUUGCGUUGUUGGUCUUCUGACAGUUCUGCUCGUGAUUGCCCUCUUCUGGAAGCACGUCUUUGGAGGAAAUGUCAGGAAACCAGCCAAUGAAAUGCCCAUGACGCCAAUGCCACAGGGAAACACGGUAUACUUGUCAAAGGAGCAUGCAGAAAAUCACUCACAGGCAUUGAACAUGGUGCUCUUCUUCACGGUGGUGCCAGAGGAGUUGAACCUGACUUCACACGUCAUCUUUCCCCCUCUGCUUUGGACCUCCUUGGGAAUCGGAAGGAGGCUGACAAAGGUCAAGGAGAUACUGUCCUCGUUCAGAAGGAACGUCUGGCCCUUUUGCUGAACUCCUCCGGAAACCUCCCAGGAAACCUCGACCAAGUUGGAGACUCCAUGGACCACACAAGCGAGUUGGUUGCUCUGCAUGUUCUGGGAAGACGGGCUUUGAGCAGCGGGGUGUAAAACCAUCACCUGGGUGCUUGGGGUGUAGCUGUCUGAGGAGAAGAAAGGAAGCCGAGAGGAUUACAGUAGAGUCUCACUUAUCCAACACUCGCUUAUCCAAUGUUCUGGAUUAUCCAACACAUUUUUGUAGU